AUGGUAACGCUGAACUAUCAAAGAUUUUGGCAGCCAUUACCAAGAGCUUCAGUGAGACGCUCUUCCACCGGCUCAGAACCCAGACUACCGAUGUAG